CCAACCUUCUUGUUCUCAUCUCAUUCUUCCAUCUUUUUUCUUUUCAAGACACAGGUUUAAUUCUUUGAUUAUGCAGUUGUAUGUAUACUAGAAUUAUUACUUCAGUAGAAUUUUACGUAUCUAUACGACUACUACCCAGAAAGUAUUCGAUAAAAGGACCUACUGAUUGCUCCUUUCUUCUACGUUCUUCGCUUUUCUUUUAAAGCAAAGGGUCAUCAAAAUUUUUUAUUCUAUUUGAGACAUAUAUCACCAACAGCAUGUCAUUUUGGAUUUGAUGUUUUGGGCAUAAUUCACGUUGUGAGAGGUCCUCUUUUAUAAAAAUUCUUUGUUUGUACACAUAAUUGGCUGGCUCAUCUCUCUUAUUUGCCCAAGAUGAAGUUUGUAAAAUAUGUAGUGUUCAUAUUAAUAGCUUAUCAUAUCUAUUUAUGUAACUAUCCGUGUUGAUUACUUACUUGUAAUAUUAUACUGUAUCCAUGUGUAUAUGUACAUAAAAUAUACGUUAUUUCCCUUUUAACGAAGUUGAAAUAUCUAUAUUGUAUUAAUACAUGUAUUGUCUAUAGAUUAAUAAUAUGUAUAUAUACACGUGCAUAAGACUGGUCAACAUUAGCCAGUAAGAUGGUGUUUGUCAUAGGACUCCGCAAAAUAUGGAUUGGAAUGGUUUUACGAAUGUGACAAUUAUUAUAUGAUUGUGGGUAGUUGUAUUACGCGGCAGAGAUUAACAACUGGGUAAUUGUGCUCCUGUGUUUCCAUUUGCCAAAACUUAGAAAAAUAUCAAUGGCUACCGGUAGGGGCCACGGACUUCUUUUUUUAUUAGAACAAAUAGGGCACUGGUCCCAAAAAAGUCUACAAUAGAUUAGAUAAAUUAAAAAAAGGAGAAGUUUUGUUAAUUGUUCCAUUUUGUCAGCUCAAAGCUACCCACCAACACUUAAGUAAUGAUGGUUCAACAUUUGAAAGAAAUAGAGAUAGGGGACAUCCUGAAUGGUCUUAAAGCUAUAAGUUGAAGCAAAGUCUCCAACAUUGGUGGAUUGUACCACAAAAGCUCAGGCCAGAACUGAAGGGAAGCUCGUGGACUGCUAGAUGAUAAUGACUCAACGGACCAAUUCUGAUAACACCUUCCUUUCAGGGUUCUGCAGUUACCUCAUGGAGAUUGCACAUAUCAGUGGCAUGCCUGAAUUUGGAAUGGAGGAUACGGGAUUCAUCCUUAAUUCUCUUGAUGAGAUGAGCACAAUCUCUUUUGCAGCUUCAUUAGGGGAGAGUUCCAAUCACCCUAUCUCUCAUCCAAUGUUCGAUCUUAAACCUUCCACAGAAGCAUCUCAUACUGGUAUCGAUAGCCCCAUGAGAAUGGUCAAAACCUAUGGUUGGGAUUUCUCUAAGAUCGAUCAUCUGUCAAACGGGCAAACUAAUUCUUACACCAGCCAACCUUCUUUCACCAAUUCAAGUUAUGGAUCUCAAGUUGGCAGUGUAAAACCUAAAGAGGAGGCCUUGUGUACUUCGCCCUCUGAUAUUAUGGCUUCUCAAGGUGCAUUUGGAAACCAAAAUUAUCUGUUCAAGGCUUGCCAAGGAGCUAAACGGGCUAGAACAGACAAUGGAUUUUCUAGCAAUCAAGAUCACAUUAUAGCUGAGAGGAAGAGAAGAGAGAUGCUCAGUCAGUUGUUCAUCGCUUUAUCUGCUAUAGUCCCUGGCCUAAAGAAGAUGGACAAGGCUUCUGUUCUUGGUGAUGCUAUCAAAUAUUUGAAACAACUCCAGGAGCGAGUGAAGACGCUCGAGGAACAGGCCAGUAAGAGAUUGGUGGAAUCGGUUGUCAUUGUGAAGAAGUAUGAGCUCCAUGCUGAUGGUGACAGUUCUUCCUCGGAUGAGAAUUUUUCUGGUGGCGCCUAUGAUGAGCCUCUCCCUGAGGUGGAAGCACGUAUUUAUAACAAAAAUGUGCUCAUAAGGGUUCACUGUGAGAAAAAGAAAGGAGUUCUAGAGAAAACAGUGGCUGAAAUUGAGAAGCUGGGUCUAUCAAUUGUCAAUAGCAGCGUCUUGACUUUCGGAAGUUUAGCUCUAGAUAUUACCAUAAUUGCUGAGAUGAAUGCAGAAUUCACCAUGACAGUGAAGGAUCUUGUGAAGCAUCUUCAUGCAUCUCUUAAGAUGUUCGUGUGAUUGAACCACACAACAAUCUCUCCUUUUCGGUUCUCCUAUGAAGCUGUUCCUCGGAAUCAUCCUUGUUUCUACAGUAGUUCUGAAUCUCUAAUCUUUCAGUAGUCAACGUCUGCCUUACUCCAGCACUUUAGACCACUCAUUACCUUGAAGCUUGUUUGCUGUGGGGUUCAUUUUUAAGGAGGGUUUUUUCUCUCUCUUUUUUCAUGGUUGAUUUCUCGACCAUGUUAAUCAACCCACCUGUUGUAAAGGAAUGACCUUGCAGCUUGAUUGAGCUUGUUUGUGGAGAUUGAAAGUUCAACUGAACUUGUAUUCUGUGUCUUUGUCCGGGUGGAAAGAGAGAUGGUUUUUUGGUGGAUGGGUAAACAGUCCUUUUUAAUGAAUUAUGAUACCUUUUGGCAGUGUUUUAGAGGCCUCUUUAUGUUCUUCUUGGGCCUCUUUUUUCUUUGUAAUCUGUUGACAAUAAUGGAAUGACACAAUAGUUUCUUGGAAUGGAAUGAACUGGUUGUUGAAUUGAUUGUUA